GCUCAAGUGGCAGGGAUGCUCUGCGGGGCUGUGGCUGUGCUGACCCCAUCCUCUGUCCCCUGUCCUGCAGAGUGGAGGCCGGCGGUGAUGCUCGCAGCUCUCGACUGUGCUGAUGAGGCCAACCAGCAGGUGUGCGCCGAGUUUGGGAUUACUGGCUUCCCCACGCUGAAGUUCUUCAGAGCUUUCUCCAAGAAAGCAGAGGAUGGGAUAAGGAUUGCUCACCCUACUGCCACUGUUGCAGACCUGAGACGUGCCAUCAUCACCAACCUGGAGCAGAGCGGAGAUGCCUGGCCACCUGCAUGCCCUCCACUGGAGCCAGCGAGUGCCGAGGAGGUUCACAGCUUCUUCCACAGGAACACAGAGCAGUACCUGGCGCUGAUCUUUGAGAAGAGCAAUUCCUUUGUGGGCAGAGAGGUAGCCCUGGACCUGCUGCAGUACGAAAACGUGGCGGUGAGGAGGGUGCUGAGCAGCGAGGAGGAGCUGGUGGAGAAGUUUGGUGUCACCACCUUCCCCUCCGCCUACCUGCUGCUCCGCAACGGCUCCUUCUUCCGCCUGCCCGUGCACGCUGAGGCACGCUCCUUCUACACCUAUUACCUGCGGGCGCUCUCUGGUGUCACCCGUGGCUCCUACAGGCUGAAUGUCACCAGCAGUGCCAUCAAUGAGACCCGCGCGCUGCAGCCGGUGCGGGCUGACAGCUCCAAGUUGUAUGUGGCUGACCUGGAGUCUACGGUGCACUACACACUGCGGGUGGAGGCCGGCCGACCAGCAGUGCUGGCAGGAGCCCAGCUGGCCGCUCUCAAGUGCUACGUGGCCACACUGGCCAAGUACUUCCCUGGGCGCCCCUCCGUGCAGACCUUCCUGCACUCCCUGGACAGCUGGCUGCGGAACUGGACAGAGCCUGAGCUGCCCCGCAGCACCUUGAAGGAGGCGGUGAAGAAUAAGGAGGAUGCCAUCCCUGCUGCCGUGCUCCCCACCAACAUCACCUGGGUGGGCUGCAGGGGCAGCGAGCCCCAUUUCCGUGGUUAUCCCUGUGGGCUCUGGACCAUUUUCCACCUGCUGACAGUUCAAGCUGCCCAGGGCGGCCCUGACCAAGAGCUGCCGCUGGAGGUGCUGAACACCAUGCGCUGCUAUGUCAAGCACUUCUUUGGCUGCCAGGAGUGCGCCCAGCACUUUGAGGCCAUGGCAGCCAAGUCCAUGGACCAGGUGAAGAGCCGGGAUGAGGCCGUUCUCUGGCUCUGGUCCCACCACAAUGAGGUCAACGCACGCCUGGCAGGUGGUGACACAGAGGACCCCCAGUUCCCCAAGCUGCAGUGGCCUCCGCCAGACAUGUGUCCUCAGUGCCACCGAGAGGAGCAGGGCGUGCAUAUGUGGGACGAGGCGGCUGUGCUGAGCUUCCUCAAGGAGCACUUCUCCCUGGGCAACCUCCGCCUGGACCAUGCCAUCCCCAUCCCCAGGGCCGGGGAGGAGGUGGUGGCGAGCGCCAGGCUGGUCACUGCAGGCCUCCGGGAAAAGGAAGAAGAGGAGAGGAAGGAAGAGGAGGAGAGAGACAAGGAGAGAGAGAAGGAGACAGAGAAGCCCGUCAGGGAGAGCGAGACGGGGCGGCCGGGCUCCUCGGAGCUGCGGCGUCCCAGCAUCGUGCGCAGGAACCCACGGCUGCAGGCGUUGGGGGAGGACAUCGUGGACCUGGACUCCUUCAGCGAGCAGCAUUUCAAGAGCAAGGCGCUGCGGGCUGCUGGCCGGCACCGGCGGCUCAGCAAGAGGGACACCGUCGCCCUGCAUCACGACAUCGGCUGGGAG